AUGUCCUUCCCCAUUGUACAGGCAUCGGGUUUGCUGCAGAUCCAGCGUCUCCCUGUGCUGCAGCGCGAGCUGCCGAACCAGCCCUCGUCCAUCAGAAAAGCACAGUCACCACCUCCUCUUAUCGGAAACCUGCAACACAGACCCAGGGUGUGCCUAUCUAGGAGUUCUCCAGCUGUCCUGGGCCCCUGCUGCCCAGACGGCUGGGUCGGAUACCAAGGGAAAUGCUACUAUUUCUCCGAGGCCGAAGGGAACUGGAACAACAGCCAGAGCCACUGCUCUGCCCUCGGUGCCUCCCUGGCUGGGAUCGACAGUGAGCAGGAAAUGGCUUUCCUGCUGCGUUAUAAAGGCAAACACCAGCAUUGGAUCGGUCUCUGGAGGGAGCAGGGGCUGGGUCAGCCCUGGAAAUGGGUCAACGGCACCGAAUUCAACAAGCUGUUUCCGAUAACAGCAGAUGGUGACUGUGCCUAUCUGAAUGACGAGAAUAGGGUCAGCAGCUUGCGAUGCACCAGUGAGAGACACUGGAUCUGCACCAAACCUGAUGCGUUUACAAAGGCAAAGGAGGCGGCAGUGGAAGGUGGCUCAUAA